UUUUGAUCCAAAAAUUGUUUGAAUCAACUAUUGGGCACUUAAAGAAAAUACAGAAAUUGAGGUCAGGUGACCUCCUGGUGGAAACAGCCUCUCCUCAACAAACAACAAAGCUUUUGUCAAUGAAAACACUUGGAGAAAUGGGAGUCUCAAUCACAUCACACAAAAGUCUAAACUCAUCACGUGGUGUGAUAUCUGAGAUCGACCUAAUGUCUGAAGAUGAAUCAGAUAUUCAGAUCGGUCUUUCAGAUCAAGGUGUCACUGCUGUCCGACGCAUCUCCAUUCGUAGAGAUGGGAAGUUAAUUGCUACCAAACACUUAAAUUUAACGUGUAACAAAUCGACAUUGCCAUCUUUCAUUACUGCAGGAUAUCUGCGCUGUCCAGUUCGCCCCUACGUUCCAAAUCCGCUGCGCUGCUUCAAAUGCCAGCGGUUUGGACAUUCACAAACAUCUUGCCGAGGCAAAAGCGUAUGUGCACAGUGUGGGACUGAAGACCACGACAGUACUGAAUGUAAAAGUAUCCCAUGCUGUGUGAACUGUAAAGAUGCCCAUACUUCCUACUCCCAGAAAUGCCCUGCGUGGCAGAGAGAAAAAGAGGUGCAACGGAUAAAAACCGUAAACAACGUAUCAUACACAGAGGCCCGUUGCAUGGCCAUUCCAAGUGCAACAACGAAACAAAAGACCUUUGCUGCUGCGUUGAAGUCUACUAAGACAUGUGGGGUUCAAACAGAUAUUUCUGUCUCCCCAAAAGAAUCUCUCACUUGACACGCAAAAUGUUUGCUGACUCAAUCAAAACAAACCGAAGAAAAGGAGAGUAUCAAGACAAAGACACCCGUACCUAAAACAGGGUAGUAACCAGAAAUGUGGGUUCUAAGAAAGCAAAUAAGAACCCACUUAACAAACAAAAAUUAAAAGCAGCUCUCUCUAAAGCUAAAAGAUCAGAGACUCAGUCCAUGAGUGAGUUCUCGGAUAUCUCUGAUGAAGAGCCUAACAUGGAGAUGAAAAAACCAAUGUCACCCCCAAAAGAUAACCCCUCGAUGUGGGUUCCUGUCCGUGGUGAGGGGACCUCCCAGAGAUGGCUUAGAAAACCUUAUUUGCCAUCCCUGGGAUCUGAACGCCCACCCACAUGUUUGCCGUGCGUGGUA